UCCAAAAUUAAAUCAUUUUCACCUUUUCCUCUCUCUUCUAAUCCACAAAUCUUUACAGAAACUUUCCUCCAAGUAUGGACCUCUACUUUAUCUUCGUGUCUUCAAUGUCCCCAUAGUGCUCGUUUCUUCCGCCUCAGUAGCUUAUGAGAUCUUUAGAUCUCAAGACGUAAACGUUUCCUCUCGCAAUCUCCCUACUAACGAGGGGUCUCUCGUCUUCAGUUCCCUCGGCAUCGUGACAACACCUUACGGAGAUUACUUUAAGUUUAUGAAGAAGCUCAUCACCAGCAAGCUCCUCGGACCUCAAGCACUCGAGAGGUCACAAGGAGUCCGUGCAAAAGAGGUAGAGCGGUUUUACUCAAAUCUACUCGAUACGGCGAUGAAGAAGGAGAGCGUUGAGAUUUCUGAAGAAGCUAUGAAGCUAGUCAACAAUAGCAUAUGCCACAUGAUUAUGGGGAGGAGUUGUUCAAGGGAGAACAGUGAAGCAGAGAGAGUCAGAGGCUUGGUGAAAAAGACAGAUUCCUUGGGGAAGAAGCUUUUCUUGGCGGCCAUCUUGCGCAAACCGCUUAAGAAAAUUGGGAUUUCACUGUUCAAAAAGGAGUUAACGGAUGUUUCGAGCAAGUUUGACGAGGUGUUAGAGAAAAUUCUCGUGGAAAAUAAAGAGAAAUUAGAUCAGGAGCAUCAACAAGAUACUGACAUGAUGGAUAAGCUGUUGGAAGCUUGUAGAGACGAAAACGCAGACUAUAAAAUCACUAGAGACCAUAUCAAGUCCUUGUUUGUGGAUCUUUUCGUAGCAGGCACUGACACCUCGACGCACAGUAUACAAUGGAUCAUGGCCGAGAUUAUCAACAAUUCCUACAUUCUUAAGAGAUUGAGGGAAGAAAUUGAUUCUGUUGUAGGGAAAACAAGGUUGAUUCAAGAAACUGAUCUGCCGAACCUCCCUUACUUACAAGCGAUCGUGAAAGAAGGGCUAAGAUUGCAUCCGCCAGUCCCCUUUGUUCUAAGGACGUUUGAAGAAAGGUGUAUGAUUGGAGAGUUUUGUAUACCGGAGAAGACAACUCUUCUUGUUAAUGGUUAUGCCAUGAUGAGAGAUCCUGAAUACUGGGACGAUCCUCAAGAGUUUAAGCCAGAGAGGUUUCUAACUUCUUCAAGAUCAAGCAAAAAGGACGAGAUAAGAGACGAGGUCCUAAAAUUCAUUCCUUUCGGGAGCGGAAGAAGAGGCUGUCCAGGAGCUAAUCUAGGUUAUGUCUUUGUAGGAACCGCGAUCGGAGUGAUGGUGCAAUGCUUUGAUUUGAAAAUUAAAGGAGAUAAAGUCAACAUGAAUGAGGCCGCCGGAGCAAUGACAUUGAGCAUGGCUCAUCCUCUUAAGUGCACUCUUGUUCCUCGAACCUUAAUCCCUUUAACUUCAAGUAUGUAGAAUCCUCUUAAGUGCACUCUUGUUCCUCGAACCUUUGUAUAUAAAACAAUCUUUCUCUUUUUUUUUUUUGGUUUUACUAUAAUCAAAAUCUUUCUCUUGAAGCUUCUUAAGUUCUUGACUUUCUUCUGUUUUUUUAUUUUGUUAAAAAGUAUUCGAAUUUCCCAAAAUACCGGUUUCAAAGUUGGCUAUUAUUCAAACUUUGAAAGUUUAGAUAAUGAAUUUAGCUAUCCGAAUUCAUCAUUUUGUCCAAAAUUUCAUGUCCUAUUAAUUGGAGUUAUUCAAAUAAUCCGUUUCCGACCUAUUUUCCGAUAUUCUAAAUAAAUAUAUGUCUAGUCAUUUUGGAAGGGAGACUACAAAACUUUUAAUUAA